AUGAAUCUCUUACUCUCUGAUGAUUACCUGCUUCAGGACUAUCCCGAGCACAUCACCAAUACUAUCCGGUCCGGCCACUCGACAUGCGUGCGCUUCAAUCGCAAGGGCGACUACCUCGCCUCGGGCCGCGUCGAUGGCACCGUCGUCAUCUGGGAUCUGGACACGAUGGGCGUCGCGCGCAAGCUGAGAGGUCAUUCUAAGAACAUCACCUCGCUCAGCUGGUCACGUUGCGGCAGGUAUCUGCUCUCUGCCUGCCAGGGCUGGAAGGCUAUCUUGUGGGACCUGCAGGACGGGACUAGGUGUCGCGAGGUGCGGUUCCGCGCUCCUGUCUACGGCGCCGAGCUUCACCCUUGGAACCAUCAUCAGUUCGUCGCGGCCCUGUUCGAGGAGCAGCCAAUGCUUGUCGACAUCACCGGCACCGCAGACGUCAAGUAUGUCCUCCCUUCGGUACAAAAGCGGGCCAACACAGAAACAGACGCAGCUCUCAAAGAGAAGCAGGCCAAGGAAGAUGCUAGACACAUGACUACAGCCAUUGUUUACACGGCGGCAGGCGAUCAUCUACUGGCAGGCACGAGUAAGGGCAGGCUGAACGUCAUCGACGCCAGGACUCGCGAGAUAAUCUACUCGGAGAAGAUUGCUAGCGGUAUUGUCACGACACUGCGCCUCACCGAGUCGGGCAAAGAGCUACUCGUCAAUGCCCAGGAUCGCAUCAUCAGGACCUUUCACGUGCCGAACCUAUCAGCGGCCGACAUGGAUCCCGAUACUAUCCGGAUACCACUCGAGCACAAGUUUCAGGACGUGGUGAACCGCCUGUCGUGGAACCACGUGGCUUUCAGCGCUACAGGCGAGUAUGUGGCGGCGUCGACGUAUAACAAUCAUGAACUCUACAUCUGGGAGCGCAGGCACGGCAGUCUGGUGCGCAUGCUGGAGGGACCCAAGGAGGAGCAAGGUGUUAUCGAGUGGCAUCCCCACAGGGCGCUGCUGGCCGCGUGCGGGCUGGAGACUGGUAGAAUUAACAUCUGGUCCGUCACGACUCCCCAGCGGUGGUCCGCCCUCGCCCCCGACUUCGUCGAGGUCGAAGAGAAUGUCGAGUACAUAGAAAAAGAGGACGAGUUCGACAUCCACCCCCGCGAGGAGAUCCAGAAGCGCAGGCUCGACCAAGAGGACGAGACCAUCGACGUCCUGGCCCUCCCCAACGAGGAGGACGACGCAAGCGCCUUCCGGAUGCCGAUUCUCUUCAACUUGGGCGAGUCGGACAGUGAAGAGGAGUUUGUCAAUGUGUCGCUCGGGACGCUGCGGCGCAAGAGCCCCGGGGAUCAGGAUGAGGCUGAGGCCGCCGCCGAGGACAAAGCUCCGGGCGGGCGGCGGAUAGAUAUGGAGGGGCAUCAUGAACUUCUGGACAACGAGAACGAGGUGCCUUGGCCUAUGAGGGCGACUAAGGCUAAAUACCCAAGAGUGUUCCGCGUUGCCGUAGAACGGCGCGUAUACGAUGUGUGGGAACAGGAACGAUAA